AUGUCGUCCUCCCCACUGGCGCAGCCCGCCCAGCAGGCUCGAAAUACGUCGCACCAUACUGACGCUUCCUUUGGUCCAUCGGCUCCCUCCCGAGAAUCUUCUGUCACACGAGGGCGGGCGCUGACCACCUCCGGCCGUACAAUAUCGCCGCGUUCGCAAACGCCUGUCGUCUUGAUACCCGGUAGCAAUUCGAGCCCUGACCGGGGCCUCGAACGGAAACCCUCCCUUCCCUACAAUCACCACCGUAAUACCUCCAUCGUACAUGGCAUUCAACACUCCCGCAACACCAGCUUCGUCAAUUCUCCUGCCACCAGCCCGCUGAGUCCGCAGAUCAUUGCCGCCAGCGGCGCUGGCUCUCUCGAUGGACCAGUAAUGGCGGAGGAGAACAUCACCGAGGCCUCCAUGGCCAACGGCUUACAGAACGUGUCGGCACCGCCCAAUGGCCACUCAGGAGGAGGCGUGGCAUCUCCUGUAAGUGCCCACGAUGGCACCGGGAAUCAGACUUCAACCGUACGCAAGCCAGAGCGGGGCCUCAGUCGUUCGUCGCGGAAGGGACAUCACCACCACCGGUCGCAAUCUCGGCACCACCAGCAUCCCCACGAGACAAAGACAGUGAGCGAAUAUGCCCUGCAUCAUCUUUUCAACUCGUUCAUGGACCAGACUUCAAAGAUGAUAGAACAGUGCAUGACGGAUCGUGGACAACCAGAGGUGAAUGUUGAAAAGGUUUGCGGUCCAGGCGUGGAUCCGAGUUUCGAUCAACUCAUUUCCGCCCUGGGCCAUAUUGCUCGCCACAAACCAAAACCUCUCAUCGAUACGAUAAUGCACUGGCGGAAGGCAAAAAGCGACGAAGCAAACUCCCAGAGGCUGAAGCUCGCCAGCGCAAGACAAGGUGCUUCCCUUCCCCCAACGGUUCUUCCUCGCCGCAAUACCGAACCUGUUCAAAGUGUAGGAGACCAUGCGAGCUCGGGAUCAAUCUCUUCAAGCCCCGAAAAUAUCCUUGUCCUACAACAAGUGCUUGCCCAAGCAGAGCAACGUUCAACUGUCUCAACAUAUAUACUUUGCCGUGUUCUUAUCGAAAUCAUAACCCAAACGGACUUGCAGUCUUUGACGGUGGAAAUGGCAGACCGUCUUCUUGGGCUUUUCUACGGACAGCUCAUCAGCGUCGAACCUGAACUAGUUGAGGAAUCACCACUGUGCCAUGCCAACUGGGUUAUUUAUGGCCAGCUCUUGGGUGCUUUGAGCGAGCUCGUCUUCGACAAUGUUCGCGACAAGUACAUCGGGGAACUUAAAACCAUCGAUAGCCAAUUUGCCGUAAAAACCCAAUUCAGCCGAGAGCUAGAGACGAAGGGGGCCCUUCUUGUUCGCUCCAUGCGGUACAUGAAAGUCAGGUCCCAUCCAGAGGAUGCCUGGGACCGCACUUGCGAUUACAUGCUUUCACUAGCCAGACUGUUUUCGACCGUACACGGCCAGACUAUCAAGUACGCAUAUUGCCAGGUUCUCCGGGAGCUGCUUAUACGCAUUGCCGCGAACACACCAGCGGAGAACCUCAGCUGUCAAAAAUGGAGAGCAGUGAUUGAGACUAUGAAACCAAGAGUGUCCCUUCUGCUUGGCAAACCAAAACACUGGCAAGAGGCGUUUCCGCUGAUGUGCGCCCUGCUCAGUGCCUCACCUCCCGAGAACAUCACCACUCAGUGGUCGGCUCUUGCUUUGUCUACACAGCCCAGGCUUAAAGAGCGUGCCACGAGGGCUCUUGCUCUUCGGGGAUUGUGCCAGCUAGUGUGGUCAUACCUCUAUCGAACGAACACUGAUUCGCCCAACAUCGCUGCACGCAAACUCGAGGAAAUAAUCCGGAUGGUGUUCCAGCCAGGGAAGAGGUCAUACCUGUCUACAGAGCCCACAAUCGCAGAGCCACUGAUUCAACUUACGCGUAUCAUUGGGUACAAGUUCCAAGAUCUUUGUUUCAAGACGCUGAUUUUUCCUCUACUGAACGCUGAUGUCUUCUUGUCUGGGCACAACCUGCGUGCCGAGAACCUCGAACCUGACCGCAUGGUUAUAGGCAUACGGUCUUUCCUUGCAAUCGUGUCGGAUUUGGAGAACACCGCACAGCCACCAUUUCCUGUCUCCUUCGACUCGGAUCCAUCUUUAGACUCCACCGGUCUUCCCGCGCUGCCUUCCCAUUCAAAGCCAAUGCAACACUUGCAACUUAAAUCUUCUCUGCUCAAGGAUGAGCGACUCUCCAGACCUGUCAACUUCACCGGCUUUGCUGAGGUUGCCAAGGAGUACUACGUGCGUUUCUGCAAGAUUCUGGGAGAGAUUACUAUCAUUUGCGACAAUGCCUUUGGCGGACAGGCCGUUCUCGACGAGAAGUUUUCACUCGCAACUCCAAAAACUCCAAUGUCCGAUGCCUUUAAUUUCGCCCGACGCGACGAUCAUCAGGUAUCCGCCGACCCUCGCCAGAGCUUUUAUGAUCUCUUGCAUGUUGCGGUACAGGCAUUGCCGCGAUGCUUGUCUCCUCAUAUCCCAUUCAACUCGCUUAUCAAUCUUUUGUGUACGGGGACUGCCCACGUGCAAAAAAACAUCGCCCUGUCAUCAGCACAGUCCUUAAAAUCCAUUGCAAGGCAAUCGCAUGCACAGCAAGUGACCAUAGGCUUUGCCAGAUUCAUAUUCAAUUUUGAUGACCGCUAUGCUACCAUGUCUGACGGUGGAAUGCUGGGACCGGGUCACAUAGAGAGUACACUAAAACUUUACGUGGAACUGCUCCAAGUUUGGAUUGAGGAAAUAAAACAGAAGACAAGAAAAGCGGCGCUCGACACUCCUGAUGAUGGUACCUCGGGCCAUAGGGGAGUGCAUCUCGAUCUCUCCUCUGUCUGGGCCCAUGUGGACGAGGUCGAGUCGCAUGGCCUGUUCUUCCUGUGUUCCCCAUCUCGUCGCGUCCGGUCCUACGCUGUUACGGUCCUUCGCCUUGUCACCGAAUUUGAUAUCGCCCUUGGAGGCAGUAGCUCGAGAGUGAUUCGGGUCAUGGAAGACAGUCCACAGAAGGUUUUGGAUAUCAGCCUCGAAAAACUGUCGCUCGCCGAACGGAGUCGUUUACAGCGAGGAAUGAGGAAGAGCAAUGUUCAAAGUACUCUAGUCGAAUUGUGCAGCAGCGACGUCCCUUACGACUCCACCCUUUGGUUCAAGAUUUUCCCAAAUCUUAUACGACUCAGUUUCGAAGGCUGCCCGUUCGCCGUCACCCUUACUCGCGAUAUAGUCUGCGCACGCCUUGCUCAGAUGCAUAAAACUCUGGUAACGUUAAUUGAAGGACACCGCACUGGUCCAUAUUCCGCAUUCGAUUCCAAUGGUGGAAGAUACAGCAGUCGUCUCGCAACUACGUCCCCCGAGAUGAUAGUCGAGCAAUGGAAGCUCUAUCUCAUCUUUGCUUUCACUACCCUCACCAACCUAGGGCAAAGCAACCAAGUCGCACUCCAUAGCCCGGUGGCGCAUUCCCGGAAAAGCUCCAAGUCCUCGCAGAAGAGCUCCAAUAAGGUAUACACCGCUUCAGAAUUGUUUGCCAAGGUGCUCCCAUUCCUGUCAACCGAUAACUUAGCAGUACGAGACGCUGCUGUUGUGGGGCUAGGAUCGAUCAACAUGAAUCUGUACCGGACGCUCUUGGAAUCUCUUCAAGGUCACGCAGCAGCGUGUGCAGAGGAAGCAAAGUCACGUCUAGGCAUGCACACAAGAACCAUCAGUAGUCCGCGUCGAAAUCGUCGUACCGAUCAUCUCCGCACCGAGAUCACUCAUGUGUACAAGCUCACCUCCCAUUUUCUCAAGGAACCGGAAGCCUACAAUGACGAGUGGAUCCUUAAUAAUCUCAUGAACUACACAAAAGACUUGCGCAUAUUCCUCAGCGACACAGACGUCCAGAAUGAAUGGAACUUCCAAAAGCUGCGGACCCACUAUUGUGGCCUCGUAGAGGUAUUGUUCGAAGGGAUCAACAAAACACAGGAUCCGCUUCAGUGGAUGCCAUUCCAAGCACGAAAAGCUGCCUUCACGUUGAUGGAAGACUGGUGCGGUUAUUCUGCCAAUCAACCCGAAAUACGUCAGCGCGAAGAACACAUGAGACGCUCCAUGCUGGACAGAGAGGCAGAGAUGGGAAACAAAGGCAUAGCCACAGCUGCCAUGGAGAUCGAAAAGCGCGAUCUCCGGACUGCGGCCCUUAGCGCCAUGGCUGCACUAUGCGGUGGGCCAGUCAGCAUCACCACGGACAGCAAGGUGCAUCUCCAAUUCGACGUCCGUCGCAUGCUGUCUUGGAUCGAUAGCAUCUUUGAGAAUGCAAGUGAUCGCACUCAUGCAAUCGGCCGACGCGCACUAAAGAACCUCAUUAUCCACAACAGGGAACACACCUAUCUUCUCGAACGGGCGAUAGAGAUGUGUUACCUUUCGAAAUUCGCCAAAUCUCUAGAAAGCUAUUUUGAAGUCGUUACCCAAGUCCUCACUGAACGAGAAGACCAUGCACUACCUUACUGGAAGGUGCUCAGCGCGGGGCUAUACACAUUGGGACACGAAAACAACGAGUUGCGGAUGAAGUCUGCGCGCUUGCUGAGAGUGCUAGAAGCCCGGGAACAGAAAAAUUCGAAACUACAAGAUCUCGACAUCAGUAUUUCGGAUAAGACAAUAGCAGUCUACAAAGCCGCACAGUUCGAGAUGUCCUGCAGGCUUGCAAAAGAACAUUCUGAGCUAGCUUUCCUGGUGUUCUCCCAAUUCUCGUACUACUUCAAGGAAUUGCAGCCAGAUCACCAGCGCAACAUGGUCGCAGCAAUGCUUCCCUGGGUUCAAUCCAUUGAGCUACAAGUAUUUCCUGAAGGAGGGCCCACUGCCAACUCGUACAUGCUGCUCGUCAAUCUCUUUGAGAUCACUGUGCGGUGUAGUAACGCAUUACAUAACGAGAUUCAAGCAUUGUGGCAAGCCCUCGCCAACGGACCCUAUGGCGGGAAUGUGCAGACGAUACUCGACUUCAUAAUAAAGCUCUGCUUGGACAAGCGGGAACAAAACUUUGUUGAUUAUUCCAAACAGAUUGUCGUCCAUUUGUCGGGCACGAUAUCAGGACAAAAGGUCAUCGAGUUCCUGCUGCUCCAGAUCAAUCCACGCAACAUGGUGGCCGAGAAGCGCGAACCUGUUCCACCGCCCGCCGACGCUGGCAACGUGCCUUAUCUCGCAGACCUGAAUGCGCUCCUCCCCACCAGCAAUAAACAAUCUGGCUUCGCCUUGGGACAGAUAUGUCUCAUCCUACUGGUUGAUCUCGUCAUUCCUCCAUUACAGCUUUCUGCCGAACACGUGCCACUUUUGCUCCAGGUCGUUUUGGUAUUGUGGGACCAUUACACAGGGGUUGUUCAAGAUCAAGCUCGAGAGAUGGUAAUCCACCUCAUUCAUGGGCUAGUCAUAUCUUCGCUUGAGGAAGAUUCGGAUGAGAAACGGUCCGUUGAGGACUUCAUCGAGAGUGUGAGGCGGCACGAUCCCAAGGUCGUUUGGAAUUACGACGACAAGAACGGCAAAGACUCAGAGGAUUCGGGCGCAAAGGUCCCCGAGGCCAUGGCCUAUGUCGCAACGGAAGUCCUCAGGAUUAUGGAAUAUGCUUGUCCAGGUCUGAGGGAGAAAUGGGGGAAGAUCACGCUGAAAUGGGCGACCUCCUGUCCAGUGCGACAUCUCGCUUGUCGAUCGUUCCAAUUGUUCCGUUGCAUACUGAGUACACUUGACCAGCCGAUGCUCUCCGACAUGUUGGCGAGACUUUCCAAUACAAUUUCGGAUGACGAAAGUGAUAUUCAAUUCUUCUCGAUGGAGAUUUUGACAACUCUCAGAGUCAUUAUCGAGGCACUGACACCAGAUGACCUCAUUCAAUACCCUCAGCUCUUCUGGACAACAUGCGCAUGCUUAGACACCAUACAUGAAGGAGAGUUUAUGGAGAGCAUGCGCAUGUUAGACAAAUUCAUGGAUAAGAUCGAUCUAGGAAACCCCGCCCUACUUGAGAUUCUGGAAAUCAAUUGUCCUCCAAAAUGGGAGGGACAAUUUGAAGGUCUUGCCCCUCUCAUAUACAAAGGUUUACGAUCAAGUGUCUGUCUAGAUCGAAGUCUGCGCCUUCUCGAGAGACUGGUAAUCCUUCCCCCCAGCCGCAUCGUUGGCGACGAUACCCGCCUUGUCUAUACUGUUCUCGCCAAUAUGCCCAGGUUCUUGCGCUCGUUUGACGAGGCCACCAAGGACCCUUUCGUGACUGCCCAUGCCGAAGUUUUGUCACAGGUAGCCGAGUCAUACGACUGCGUCGAUCUAUCACAGGCAUUGACUGCAUUCGCAAACAAGAGAUACAGAGCGGAGAAGGAUUUUGUGGCACAGGUCAUCUCUGCGAUCCGGUCGUCCUUCUUCCCCGAGCUGGAAUUCACGAGCCUGGUAUUCUUGCUUAGUUUACUCAGCAACAAGUUGGACUGGAUGAAGAUCAACACCAUGGAAGUCCUCUGUGUUAUCAUUCCGGAGAUAGACAUGCGGAAACCAGAGAUUGCUACAAAGGGGGCAGAUCUAAUAUCGCCCCUUCUCCGACUUCUACAAACCGAUUUCUGUCCCCAGGCUUUGGCCGUCCUGGAUUGCGUCAUGAAUUUCACUAGCGCUCCCACCCCUCUCGAGCGUCAACAUCUGCGCAUGAGCAUGGCUGGCUCUCACAGUAGCCGUGCUUUCAAGAAACAAUACGAGAAGACGCAGUCAUUAUACGGCAUCCCGGAAGCGAGCGGCUGGUCGAUACCAAUUCCUGCGCAUCAUUCGCAAUCAACACGAUCCAACGUCCACGCCGUAUUCUAUACGUGCGCAAACGCAGAGAACAUAGAUGUAGACACCGCUGCCACUCCGAAGAUCGAGUUCCGACAGGACGAAUUCCCGUUCAGCCCCAUGUCGGAUUACCGCACGGCUACGAUGACGUCCGAGGAUACCCGUGGUGACAGCCACAUUGGAGAGCUGGUGAUGAAAUUGGACAGUCUCGAUGAUUUCUUCGAAGACGAUGACGAUACUGAAACGCUUACGGAUCUGCCCGACAGCUCGGUCUUUGGCAACAGCCGCUAUGGUAACGGUUCAUUCUCCACGCUGCCAGGAAAUCUCAACACGCGGGAGAAUCUCUAUGACCAGCAGACAGCCCCGAUCCUGCACAAAUCCUUGACUCGAAAUGCUAGCGUCACUUCGUUCCAGGGCGGGUUCACCGAUCAUAAGCUCUCCUCAUCUAGGGACCCUGGAGUCAUGACCCCAGGAGCCUUCACCUCUUUCACCUCCGCGCCUUCGGUUCUUGCGAACGCCAAACCCCCUCUCACAGCACCUGCUCGCCCUGGCCUCCAUUCCCGUUCCAUCACCUCACCCUCUGCUUCCAAUCAACCUCAACGGCUCUCGCCAGGUCUAUCAUCAACCUUGGACGAAAUGGGUGAGCCCUUUUCCGAUGACGAGAUAACCACGGGACGCAGCAACAGCGCAGGCACCGCCACAGACAAGACUUUCAGUCUGGAAAACGUGAUGAAGCCCAUCAGAGAAGACACCCGCAGCCGCUUCCGAAGCGGCAUGCGCAGGCUAACAGGCGGAGGAGGCGACCCGAAGGAGAGGGAAAAGAGCCGCGAGGCCAUCAAACAAGCGCUGCAGAAAUCUCCGCAAGUGCCAAAGGUGCCAGACAUCUACCUGGUGAACCCCAAAAGUGCAGACCCGUGA